AUGGACCGACUGGAGCCCAGCCCUGCAGAGGGACAAACGCGGACGUGGGUCUCGUACCUGUUUCCGAAUACAGACCUGUCCAUCGCACGGCGUGCCAAGUUCCUCGAUGAGCAGGAUCAGAAGGACAUCAAAUUUUCCACGAUCGAGGGUGAUAGCCAGACGAGCGACGCGACGCCCGAGGGCGCCCCGGCCAAGAUCACAACCGAGGACUCGCUGGUGGUCGAGCAGAUCAACGGUAACUAUGUGGAAGAAGAGACCGAGCUGCUGCCCUCGACCCUCGGCUGGAUCGGCGCUUUCUGGAACAUGAUUGCAUACUCGAUUGCCCUGGGUAUCCUCAGUAUCCCGCUGGUGGUCGCUACGCUUGGUGUUGUACCUUUUAUCCUCCUCACGUUCUUCUUCGGCGCCCUGACGUACUACACGGGCAUGCAAUACUGGAAGCUGUCGAUGAUGUACCCCAACAUUCACUCGCUGCAGCAGGCGGGUGAACUGAUCUUUGGGCCGCUCGGCGGCAUGAUGUUCCAGGUGAUCCAGGUCAUCUUUGGUGUCUUCUUGCAGGGAAACCACGCACUGCUGGGUGGCUACGCAUUCCACUACCUGGGGUGGCACUCGUGCAUGAUCGGAAUGGUGGCUUGCUUCGCCGCAAUUUCGUUCCUCUUCACCCUCCCGCGCUCGUACAAAAUCUUCGCAUGGCAGGCGGCCAUCUCCUUCACCUCGAUCUUUACCGUGGUGAUCAUCGCGAUGAUCGCCAGUGGCGUUACGGGGCCGGAGAACAUGAACCCGGGCGAUCCCCCGAAAAAGAUGCUCGCAUUCGGCGCAACAAAGCAGGUCCCGCACACGUUCCUCGAUGGCGUGAUGGCCGUGACGAACUUGUUUGUUAGUUUCGGUGCCACGCCGUCCUACCUGCCGGUCAUGGCCGAGAUGCACGACCGCCGCCAGUUCCCCAAGAGUCUGGGCCUGCUCGUCGGCAUCUCCACGGUGCUCUACACGAUUGUCGGCUGCAUUAUCAACUACAAUCUGGGCCAGUACACCAAGUCGCCCUCGCUGGGCUCGCUGUCGCCCAUGAUGAUCAAAAUCUCCUACGGUCUGGGUCUGCCCACCAUCAUGGUCGCCGGUUGUGCCAGUGGCCAGGUUACGGGUAAGGUGCUGAUGCACAACGUGUUCAGCGGCGCGCGCCGCCGCUUCCUCAAAAGGCCUCUGUACCUGUGGAGCACGUGGAUCCUGAUCAACCUCAUCACCUGGACGCUCGCCUUCAUCCUCGCCGAGGUGAUUCCCUUCUUCAGCUCGUUCCUCGGCCUGGAGGCCUCGCUGUUCUGGGCCUUCUUCCUGUCGCUUGCCCCGACGUUUUACGUCUGGCGGCACCAAUACAACUACCGGGCGAACGUGUGGAACCUGCUUGGUUUCUUCGUCGCUUUUUUCAUCCUGGGUGUGUCGACAUUCAUGUGCAUUGUCGGUAUGUGGUCGUCGGUCGUGUCGAUCAAGGACCAGUACGCAACCGGCAACGUCGGAAGCCCCUUCUCGUGCGCAAUGCCCAACUAA